CAGUUAACAAGAACUACUACAAAACAAUAGUUUCUCCUCAAGAUAGUAGUAUCUGUAAUGGCACCCAAAAAGCCUCAUAUUGUUUGUAUUCCUGGUCCACCUCAAGGACACUUAAACCCCAUGACAAAAGUAGCAAAACUCCUCCAUUCUAAGGGUUUUUACAUCACUGUAGUGCUCACUGAGUUUGAUGUAGCUAGACUAGCUACUUCCUCCUCCUCCAACGACACACCUUGGCUUCAAGGCCUUGAUGAUUUCGCCGUCGAAACGAUUCCCGAUGGCCUGCCACCGGAUAACAAGCGCGGCCUACUAGACCUGCCGCAGUUGUGCAUUUCCUUAGGACUGGAACCAAAGAAGGCGCUUAGAGAUCUACUAAUGAGACUCCUUGUUUCUCAUGAUGUCCCACCCAUUACUAGUAUAAUCUGCGAUGGUGCGAUGUUCUUCGCACAUGAAGUUGGCAAAGAGUUGGGCAUCCCAGUGUUGCUCUUCUACACUACAAGUGCUUGUGGCAUGCUAGGGUAUAUGCAAAUGCAAUAUGAUGAACUCAUCAAAAGAGGCCAUUUCCCUUUGAAAGAUGAAAGCUGCCUUACAAAUGGAUAUCUUGACACACCAAUUGACUGGGUACCAGGAAUGACCAAAGGAGCUAAAAUGAAGCACCUUCCUACAUUUAUCCGAACCACAAAUCCAGAUGACACAAUGUUCAACUACAUGGCAGAGGCAGCUAGAAAUGCUUUACUUGCCGACGGCAUGAUUCUUAAUACAUUUGCUGCUCUUGAAGGUGAAGUUUUGGAGGCAAUCAACACCAAAAUACCCAAUAUCUAUACAAUUGGCCCUCUCUCGCUACUGUGCCACCAAGUGAACGAACGAGAACUUCUCCCUAUUACAUCAAAUUUAUGGAAAGAACACACUAAUUGCUUAGAUUGGUUAGACAAAAGAAGUCCAAGAUCAGUCAUCUAUGUUAACUAUGGAAGCCUAGCUAUAUUAACCAAGGAACAAUCACAGGAGUUUGCAUGGGGAUUAGCAAACAGCAAGCACCCUUUUUUAUGGGUACUACGAUCUGAUCUUGUCGAAACAAGAUCGAGUUUCAUAACUGAUGAAUACAUGGAGGAGAUCAAAGGAAGAGGGUUACUCUCUGAUUGGUGUCCACAAGAGAAGGUGCUUCAACACCCAUCAGUUGCUGUGUUUUUGACUCAUUGUGGAUGGAAUUCGACGUUAGAAAGUAUAAGUGAAGGGUUGCCCAUGAUUUGCUGGCCGUUUUUUGCAGAACAACAAACAAAUUGCUUAUAUGCUUGUCAGGAAUGGAGGGUUGGAGUGGAGAUGGAGGAAGGUGAUGUUAGGAGAGAGAGAGUUGAAGCACUAGUGAAACAGAUGAUGGAAAGUGAUGAAGGUAAGGAAAUGCAGAGAAAAGCUAUGGAAUGGAAGGUGAAAGCAGAGGUAGCUACAAGAUGUGAAGGUUCAUCUUACAAAAAUUUUGAUAAGUUAGUGAAAGAUCUCAUGGAGAAAGAGAGUCAUUUUCAUUCUACUUGAAUGGAUCCAAAAUUAUUAGCCUUAUAUUAGUAGCUUCAGCUCUUGUCUAUUGUGUUACUUUCAAAUCUUGAGUUUGUAAACUGAUUGCUUGUUUGACAACUUUAUCAGAGGCUUACGAAAGU